AUGGGAUGUUUCCGACAAGUCUUUCGGUGUCUAAAGGCACCAUUCAGACGCGAAAGGGGCAGGUUUAUUGAGGUUGGUCCUCCAACCAACUUUCGCAAAGAAGAAUUGCCCGCUUGCUUCUCUGAUGCCGAGUCAGUUCUUUCGCCCAGCCAGAACCCGACAGUGCGACUAGAUCUGACAACUCAAUCACAGGACCCUGACGUCGCAGGACAGCCGCACGAGGACCAUGGAAAAGGACGGAACAACGAUCGAGAUGCUACCACUCUCAUCCUCGACGAAGAGCAGACUCCACGGCCACGUCCGCAAAAUGAGCAUGAGACUAUCGCAAACCCACCCGCAAGCGUAUGA